AUGAGUGAUAUUGAACAACGUCCAGAUUUGGAAAACCAAAACCCCCACGAUCAAAAACUCGUAGUUGAAGAUAAAGCUACUUCUUUGAAUAACCAUUCAAAUGAUACUCCUGAUGUAACCAAGGUGGUCACUGAUGGAGAAUACGUUCAAUUUGGUAAUGAGCGUUAUCUCAGAUCCGAAUUGGUGGAUGCCUUUGGUGGUACUCUUAAUCCGGGUUUAUCACCUCCUCCAAAACACAAUAUUGCUAAUCCUGCUCCAUUAGGGUUGAGUGCUUUUGCCUUGACUACUUUUGUUCUUUCCUUGGUUAACUGUGGUGCCAGAGGAGUAACCAUCCCCAAUAUCGUGGUGGGUUUGGCCUUUUUCUACGGGGGGUUGGCUCAGUUAGUUGCUGGGAUGUUUGCAGUCGCUGAAGGUGCCAGUGGUAAUUUUGGUGCGGUUGCUUUGAGUUCUUACGGUGGGUUCUGGGGUAGUUGGGCUGCCUUGUACGUUCCUAGCUUUGGGAUUCAAGAUGCUUUUGAACUGGAGGAAGAAUUCAGAAAUGCCGUGGGGUUAUAUUUGGUGGCUUGGUUCAUCUUCACUUUUUUCCUAACUUUACUUACGUUGAAGUCUACUUUGGCAUUUUUUUCGAUUUUCUUUUUAUUAUCGAUCACUUUCUUGCUUUUGGCAAUUGCUGAAUUCAAAAAUUCAACUAGUGUUAAAACCGCCGCUGGGGUUUUUGGCUUAUUAACCGCGUUUCUGGCUUGGUAUAAUGCUUAUGCUGGGUUGGCUAAUAAACAAAACUCUUAUAUUACAGUUAAAGCUAUUCGCUUACCCGAUUUACAGGCUAAAAACAAGUAG